AAAAAAUCCAAAAAGAAAAAAAAUCAUUUUAAAAUUUAGAACUUGUUUUUCAAGGCCCAAAAUUAAUCGUUGUCAAUAAUUGGAAACUUAAAAAUAAAGUCUUGUUCUAGAAGAAUGUGAAUCAUCUUCUCCAAGUUUCAAACGUUGGUUUUUUUCCCCACUGUGAUCGUCAGCUUUAUAUAUUAUAUACACGAGAAUCUUGUACCCAAUUAACAUAUACAUACAUGUAAAUGUGUGUAUGUAUAUAAUAUAAAAUUAUUCUCCUUUUCACUAAUUUUUCUUCAAAUACUUUAAUGCCCACCACCUGUUCGAUCAAAUUCCCCAUCUCGAAAAGCUAGAACUUUCUUCGUCUCUAUUGGUCUCUCACUCUCUCUCUUACCUCUUCUCAUUUGUUCUUUCUCCUUCUAAAUUGGGUUAUCAAGUAUAUUGGAUCAACGGGUUUGAUUCACGAUUUGUCAUUUCAUCUUCGUGGAGAGAGUUUGAUCUGAUUUGUUGAUCGUCAGCGUUAUGUCUAGUCCGAGAAGUAACAAGCCGAAGAUUGUCAACGGUCCUGGUGGUUAUAUUCUACAAGACGUUCCUCAUCUCAUUGAUUACCUUCCUGAUCUUCCUACUUAUCCAAAUCCAUUGCAAGACAAUCCAGCUUACUCAGUGGUUAAGCAAUACUUUGUUCAUGCUGAUGAUAGUGUCCCUGAGAAGGUUGUUGUUCACAAGGAUGGUCCAAGAGGAGUCCAUUUCAGGCGUGCUGGUCCACGUCAAAAGGUUUACUUUGAGUCUGACGAAGUGCAUGCUUGUAUAGUUACAUGUGGAGGUCUCUGUCCCGGUCUCAAUACCGUGAUUAGAGAAGUUGUGAGCAGCUUAUCAUACAUGUAUGGAGUAAAGAGAAUUCUUGGAAUCGAUGGUGGAUACAGAGGAUUUUACGCCAAGAAUACUAUCCCCUUAAACUCUAAAGUCGUGAAUGAUAUCCAUAAACGCGGAGGAACAAUCAUUGGGACCUCAAGAGGUGGACAUGAUACCAACAAGAUAGUUGAUAGCAUUCAAGAUCGAGGAAUCAAUCAGGUUUACAUUAUUGGAGGAGAUGGAACCCAGCGAGGUGCUUCAGUAAUAUUUGAGGAAAUUAGAAGACGUCGACUAAAAGUUGCUGUGGUUGGAAUUCCAAAAACUAUUGAUAAUGAUAUUCCGGUGAUAGAUAAAUCUUUUGGGUUUGACACUGCUGUGGAGGAAGCUCAACGAGCGAUUAACGCAGCACAUGUUGAAGCCGAGAGUAAUGAGAAUGGUAUCGGUUUUGUCAAGCUUAUGGGUCGUUACAGCGGGUACAUAGCGAUGUAUGCUACAUUAGCCAGCAGAGAUGUUGACUGUUGCUUGAUUCCCGAGUCACCAUUUUACCUCGAAGGAGAAGGUGGACUCUUUGAGUUCAUAGAGAGACGGCUGAAGGAUCAUGGUCACAUGGUGAUUGUUCUUGCUGAGGGUGCAGGACAGGAUUUGAUGUGCAAAAGCAUGGAAUCUACUCCUAUGGAUGCUUCUGGGAACAAACUUCUUAAAGAUGUCGGCUUGUGGCUAUCACAAAGCAUCAAGGAUCAUUUUAAGAAGAAUAAGAUGGUGAUGAAUCUCAAAUACAUUGAUCCUACAUACAUGAUCCGGGCUGUUCCAAGUAAUGCAUCAGACAAUGUUUACUGUACACUUCUUGCUCAGAGCGCGGUUCAUGGUGCAAUGGCUGGUUACACUGGCUACACCAGUGGUCUUGUCAAUGGAAGACAAACAUACAUCCCUUUCUACAGGAUAACAGAGACCCAGAACAAUGUAGUGAUUACGGAUAGAAUGUGGGCGAGGCUAUUGUCUUCUACGAACCAGCCAAGUUUCUUGGGGCCUAAGGAUACAUCUGAAGAGAAGAAAGAGUUGCCGGAAACACCGCUUCUUGACGACGGAGCUGUCGAUAUUCCUCCUGUGACUAAAGAGGUCACUAAGUGAAGAAGUUGCAGGGCAUAAUAAUGGCAUAUGUAUACUCAGAGGGUUCUGUAACCGAUGCCGUUUCAGGCGAAAGUGAAAUAAUUGUUAUUUUAACGAAUUUGCCCUUUUGUGUAUGUGCAUACACAACACAAACACAAAUUUUAGUUUUCUUCUAGAUGUUUAGUUUUGUAAUCCUUUUUGCAUUUUCCACAACUGAAUAAAUGAAUGAAGUAAUAAUCUUCGUUACUUUGAUCCU